AUGGCUACGAACCCCGGCAUCCUCAGCGAGUGGCCAUGGAAGAGACUCGGCAGCUUCAAGUAUCUUGUGCUGGCGCCAUGGGUGGUGCACGGGUGCCACCUCGCGGCGACCAAGGGGUGGAGGGAGCUGGACCCGGGCUACAUUGCCAUUCUCCCGUCGAUGCUGCUCCGGGCGCUCCACGACCAGGCAUGGAUCACCGUGUCCCGCCUCUACAACGCGCGCGGGAAGCGCCAGAUCGUCGACCGCGGCAUCGAGUUCGACCAGGUCGACCGCGAGCGCAACUGGGACGACCAGAUCAUCCUGAGUGCCAUCCUGCUGCUCCUUGGCUCGCUGUACCUGCCGGGUGGGCAGAACCUGCCAUGGUGGAGGAUUGAUGGCGCAGUGCUGCUGGUGCUGCUUCACGCCGGCCCGGUCGAGUUCCUCUACUACUGGUUCCACCGCGCGCUGCACCACCACUUCCUCUACACCCGCUACCAUUCGCACCACCACGCCUCCAUUGUCACCGAGCCAAUCACAUCCGUAAUCCAUCCAUUUGCCGAGCUACUAGCCUAUCAACUGCUGUUCUCGGUCCCAAUGAUCACCUGCGCACUGACCGGAACCGCCUCCAUAAUCACGUUCGAGAUGUAUGUGAUCUACAUUGACUUCAUGAACAACAUGGGCCACUGCAACUUCGAACUGGUACCUAAUCGGCUCUUCAAAUGGAUCCCCCCUCUCAAGUAUCUCAUGUAUACACCAUCGUUUCAUUCUCUUCACCACACCCAGUUCCGGACAAACUACUCUCUUUUCAUGCCAUUCUAUGACUACAUAUACAACACCAUGGACAAGUCGACGGACGCGCUGUACGAAAACUCACUAAAGGGCAAGGAGAAAGAAGUAGAUGUGGUUCACCUUACGCAUCUUACCAGCCUGCAGUCUAUCUACCAUAUAAGGACCGGGUUCGCCCAGUAUGCCUCCAAGCCAUACACUUCCAUGUGGCAGUUGCGGAUCAUGUGGCCCGUGUCAUGGCUGUCCAUGGUACUGACGUGGGCAUACGGUUCUUGGUUCACCGUUGAGAGGAAUUCCAUGAAGAAGCUCCGUAUGCAGUCGUGGGCUAUACCAAGAUACAGUUUCCAUUAUGGACUGAACAAGGAGAAGGAAGCAAUCAAUGACCUGAUUGAGAAGGCGAUAUCUGAAGCUGGUAAGAAAGGAGCAAAAGUUGUUAGCCUUGGACUUCUGAAUCAGGCGCAUAGCCUCAAUGGAAGUGGAGAACUUUAUCUGCAGAAAUACCCAAAGAUGGGGGUAAGACUUGUGGAUGGCACUAGCCUAGCUGCUGCAGUGGUCAUCGACACUAUUCCCCGAGGCACAAAUCAAGUUAUCCUAGCGGGAAAGAUUUCGAAGGUGGCUCGUAGUGUUGCUGCGGCACUCUGCAAGAAAAACGUCAAAGUCAUAAUGACAAACAAGCAGGAGUACCAUCUCCUGAAGCCUUGUAUACCAGAAAAUGAAGCCGGGAAUCUUUUAUUAUCAACAACUAGCACUACAGAGGUGUGGCUCAUUGGAGAAGGUCUGGAUGCUGCUGAGCAGUUCAGGGCACCGCAAGGAACAAAGUUCAUCCCAUUCUCACAGUUCCCGCCAAAGAUGGCGCGCAAGGACUGCUGCACCUAUGCUAUGACUCCUGCAAUGGGUGUACCUGAAUCGAUGCAAAACGUGCACUCGUGCGAGAAUUGGCUGCCAAGGAGGGUCAUGAGCGCGUGGCGCGUCGCUGGAAUUGUUCAUGCAUUGGAGGGAUGGAGCGAGGAUGAGUGCGGAGAUACAGUGCUGGACCUGGAGAAAGUGUGGUCUGCGGCAAUUAUGCAUGGGUUCCGCCCUGUUGCACAACUUUGA